AUGGAUGUGUUCGAGAUAGAAAAGGAGGCGGGUAAAGCGAGGCAAGCGGCGGCUGCUGCAUCCGCUGCGGCGGCGUCGGCAGCGGCAGCAGUGGAGGGGGACGGCGCGGGGUUGAAAGACCACUUCAAGCCGCUUAACGAGCUCCCCGCUGCGCAGCGGCAGAAGGAGCUUCACAAGGAAAUUCAGUUCGUGGAGCACACAUGGCCGCUGGAGCAGCUCUACUCGCACUUCCACACCGACCCUGCUCAGGGGCUAUCGGAGGUGCAGGUGGUGGUGAACCGGGGGCGGUAUGGGGAGAACCGGCUGACGCCAGGGUACGUGAUGCCGUGGUGGGUGCGCUACCUGCUGCAGUUCACCAACUUCUUCUCCCUGCUCCUCAUUGUCGCCGCCGCCCUCUGCUUCCUCGCCUACGGCAUCGACCCCGCCCAUGGCAAGGAGAACCUGUACCUGGGCAUAGUGUUGGUGGUGGUGGUGGUGGUGACGGCGUCGUUCACGUACUGGCAGGAGGCGCGCUCAGAGCACAUCAUGGAGUCCUUCCGCCAGCUCAUCCCCGCCACCUCCCGCGUCCUGCGCAACGGCCGCGUGCAGGUGGUGGAUGCGAGUGAGUUGGUACCAGGGGACGUGGUGGAGCUGAGUGAUGGCGACAAGGUCCCAGCGGACAUACGCCUCAUACACGCCACCGACCUCACUGUGGACAACAGUGCGCUGACGGGCGAGUCAGCGGCGGUGGAGCGCGGGGCGGAGCUGGCAGUGGAUGCGCAGGGCAAGCCCGUGACAGAGCCGCUGGAGGCAGCCAACCUGGUGUUCUAUGCCACCAUUGUGGCGAGCGGGCAUGGCAAGGGCGUGGUCAUUGGCACCGGGGAUAACACCGCCAUGGGGCAGAUCGCAGGUCUGUCGGUGCUGACGCCCCCGGGGGACACGCCGCUAGCAGUGGAGUUGAAGCAGUUGGUGGGCAUGAUCAGCCUGAUGGCCGUGGUGAUGGGGCUCGUGUUCUUCGGCAUCGCUCUGCUGCUGGGCGACCCCUUCCUGCACACCGUGGUGUUCGGCAUUGGCGUCAUUGUUGCCAAUGUGCCUGAAGGACUCAUGGCUGCUGUCACGGUGUCCCUGGCGCUAGCAGCGAAGCGCAUGCAUGUGCACAGUGUGCUGGUGAAGAACCUGCAGGCCGUGGAGACCCUUGGCUCCUGCACCGUCAUUGCCUCUGAUAAGACCGGCACCCUCACUCAGAACCGCAUGACCGUCCGUGCGUGCCCCUUCCUCCCUCCCUCCCUCCUCGUUCCUCCUCCGCCCCUCCUCCUUUCCUCCUCCCUCUUUCUGCAAUACCUCCCUUUCUCUCCCCUUCUCCCUUCCUCCUUCCAACUGGUUCUGCUGUGCUUUUCCUACUCCUCCGGCCCCUCCUACCCUUCACUCUCCUUCCCUCGUCUUCUCUGGUCUCUAUACCUCCUUCCUCUCCCUCUCCCCCCUCUCCCCUCCCUCCAACCAGAGCACUGCUGGUACGACCUGCGGGUGUUUGAUUGUCCGGUGGUGCGCAACCGGGUGGAGUGGGAGGAGGUGAUGCCGGGUGCAGUCACCCACCUUCCAGAAGCUGCAGCUCAUCAUCUCGCUCUGCAGCAACGCUGUCUUCCUCACAGGUCCGCUCCGCUCUCUCAGGGGCUGGUGAUGGGCAUAGAGAUGCGGCGGCGCGAGUUCGACCUGCACGCGGCGCCGUGUGCAGGGGACGCAUCAGAGCAGGGGCUGCUCAAGUUCGUGGAGCCGCUGCGGCCCGCCAAGGAGCUGAGGGACCUGUACGCCAAGCUGUUUGAGAUCAAGUUCUCCUCCGCCACCAAGUGGCAGCUCUCCAUUCACGUGCAGUCAGCGCAGAACCGGUUACCGCCGGUGCUGGUGAUGAAGGGCGCACCGGAGACGGUGCUGGAGCGGUGCUCAUACAUCCUGGUGAACGGGCAGGUGUACGACCUCACCAGUGACAGCCGCAAGCACUUCCAGGAGGCGUACCAGCAGAUGGGCGGCUUUGGGGAGCGCGUGCUCGGCAUGGCGUUCCGGGACCUCGAGGGUUUCACCAACGAGUUUGCGUUCACGCACAAGCCGCAGCCCAACUUCCCCACGGACGGGCUGACGUUCGUGGGCAUGGUGAGCCUCAUGGACCCUCCGCGCCCGGGCGUGCCCGAGGCCGUGGCACAGUGCCGGCGCGCUGCUGUGAAGGUGAUCAUGGUCACGGGCGACCACCCCAUCACCGCCACCGCCAUCGCCACCAAGGUGGGCAUAUUGGAGAGCAGCAAGGUGGAGGCGGGCAGUGCGGCGGUGGUGACGGGUGAUGACAUCAGGGCGUGGAGUGCACUCACCCCCAGGGAGGAGAUUCUCAAAUGGGACGAGGCCCUCUCGCACCACCAGGUAAUCUUUGCGCGGGUGUCCCCAUCGCACAAGCUGCUGCUGGUGGAGCACUGCCAGCGGCGCGGGGAGAUAGUGGCAGUCACGGGGGACGGGGUCAACGAUGCACCUGCGCUCAAGAAGGCCGACAUCGGUAUCGCCAUGGGCAUUGCCGGCAAGGACGUGUCCAAGGAGGCGGCGGACAUGAUCCUGAUGGACGACAACUUUGCGUCCAUAGUGAGCGGCGUGGAGGAGGGGCGGCUCAUCUUUGACAACCUGAAGAAGACCAUCUGCUACGCGCUCACCGUCAACGUGCCACAGCUCAUCCCCUACCUCGUCAACGUGCUGCUCGGCGUGCCCCUUGCGCUCUCCACCGUGCUCAUGCUCGCCAUCUGCCUCGGCACCGACAUGCUGCCUGCUAUCUCCCUGGCUUACGAGGAGAAGGAGUCGGACAUCAUGGACCGGCCGCCACGCAACCCCAGGCGGGACCGGCUGGUGAGCUGGCGGCUGAUCAGCCAUGCGUAUCUGCUCAUCGGCGCCGUGCAGACGCUCGCUGGCUUCCUCGCCUACCUCGCUGUCUUCAACGACUAUGGCUUCCGCCCCAAUAUGCUGCAGCGAAUCGGGUUUGACUUCGCGCGCAACCCCAUCAUCUGCACGUUCGACCGGGACAACGAGCCCUACGACUGCGGGUACGGCUGCGGCCCGCCCAACUACUCCCUCGCCAUGCCCGACACGUCCUCGCCGCCCGCGGCACAGCCCUACUGCUACCAGGGCUGCCCCAUCCCCAGCAGCAACGUGACGCCAGUGGUGGUGGAUCCGUUCAGUGAGAUGGGAGCGGCGGGGUUCAAGGGGCAGCAGUUCUGCGCGCUCACCUGCAACACGUCUGCUUCUGCGUUUCCGGGGGGUGUUCUGCCAUCGCAGUGCUCCAGCCCGUCGCUCUCCUCCAAUGUGGGGUUCCCAGGGCGGCAGCAGCUGGGAAAGCCGCUGGGGCCGUACAACGGGUGGUACUGGUGGGCAGGGCGAAAGCAAUUGCAGCCCAACACGCAGUACCAGGUGGAGGUGUUGCGCUAUGCCCAGUCCGCCUACUUUGUCGCUGUCAUCGUCACCCAGUGGGCCAACCUGCUCGUGUGCAAGACCCGCCGCCUCUCGCUCUUCCAGCAGGGCAUGCGCAACCACGUGCUGACCUUCUCGCUGUUCUUUGAGACGCUGGUGGCAGCAGCGCUGCUGUACUGGCCGUUCCUGCAGGAGGUGUUUGACACGCGGCCCCUCAACGUGCUCUACUGGUUCAUCGGCGUGCCCUUUGCCCUCACCAUCCUCGCCAUUGGAGAGCUCCGCAAAUGGCUCAUUCGCAAGUUCCCAGGAGGAUGGAUGGACAGAUGGACCAACUGGUAA